AUGUUUCGAAUUCUUGAAUCCCAGGCGCCGGCCAAACAAACGGCAACGGAUACAAUCAACACUCUCAGCAGUAGACUUCAAAGUGCGACACUAUUGGAAGACCGACGUGCAGCAAUUCAAGGCCUGAGAAGCUUCGCGAAAAUAUAUCCUGCUUCUGUUGCAUCUGGUGCGCUGCGACCAUUGAUUAGCUGUCUCAGAAAUGAUCGAGAGGAUGUAGAUACGGUCAAGGUGGUCUUGGAGGCCCUGUUGAUGUUAUUUUCCCCCGAUGAGAGUAGCCCCGAAGCAUCUGAUGAAAUAGCUCUCUGGCUAUCCGAUGAAUUUACUCAGCGACAAGACAAUAUAACAGCUCUUCUUGACCUUCUUGAUACUCGCGACUUUUACUCCCGCCUAUACUCUUUGCAAUUGAUAUUUCAAAUUUCUAGUGCGCGGCCAGAGAGGACGCAGGAGUGCAUUCUAACAGCUCCGUUGGGCAUUCCAAGGCUAGUCAGUGCCCUGGGUGACGCUCGAGAGCCGGUUCGCAAUGAAGCAUUACUGCUCCUCAUUGCCUUAACACCUGCCUCGGAGGAGUUGCAAAAGCUUGUUGCCUUUGAAAAUGCGUUCGACCUUCUAUUUGUCCUAAUUGAAAAAGAAGGCUCUUUGUCGCACGGGUCAGAAGUCGUCGAAGACUGCCUCUCUUUACUCGCGAACCUUCUGAGGCUUAAUAUAUCCAAUCAGUCCUAUUUUCGGGAGACGGGAUGUGUCAAGCGACUGGCAAAGCUCCUUGCUGAUGCCAACCAUGAGCAGGAAUCAGAUGAACCCACUCCACAAUGGACCCUUGCCCAACGAGACAAGAACAUCUGGGGUCUUCUGGUUAUCAUUCAGCUAUUCCUAGUUCGGGGUGGGAUCAACACUCCUGCCAAUCAAAUGGCCUUCUGGCACAGUGGCGUUAUGGAACAAGUCUUGAGCACAGCCUUCAGUCAGAGGUUUAGUGUCAAUGUUACGUCCAAGGCACUGGCAACAUGUGCCGAUUUGAUUCGCGGGAACGAGCCAUUACAAGAGAGAUUUGGGGAUGUUGAGGUCUUCUGGGGUGCACAACCUACAGAAGGUGCUUCUAAUGGAGACCUGGCAAAUAAAGGACUUCAACGAAUCAAUGUAAUUGAAGCAUUACUCAAGUUGAGCCUUGAGCCUGCUACACUACAGCUUCUCGAUGCGCGCCUAGCUGCCUGUGAAUGUGUCAAGGCCUUCUUCGCGAAUCAUGCCGGCAUCCGCGUCCAUGUUCUACGCAGAGCCAUCGAUGGUCAUUUGAGUGGACAAGAUGAAAUCCCAAAUAUCUUGACCGCUCUGCUUAUCCCACCAGAAUCUCGUGGGAAUGCUGACCCAUAUCAGACUUGGAUGGCUUCUGUUCUGAUGUUCCACCUACUCUUUGAGAACGCCGAGGCGAAAGCAAUAGCUAUGGGGGUUACUGAAGGCGAUGCUGAGAGCGGGGAGGAAGUAAUAACUUGCAUUCAGUCAAUAGUAGGCAACUUGCUUACCGGCAUGCAACGAGGUGACGACGAAAGAAUCUCCGUUGGAUACCUUAUGCUACUCUGUGGUUGGCUUUUUGAAGAACCUGAUGCCGUCAAUGAUUUCCUAGGAGAAGGCAGCAGCAUUCAAAGCUUAUUGCAAGAAAUCAAACAUCGCUAUGUUUCUAACACUUUGCACCAAUUACUGACCGAACAAAUGGGCAGAGAGCAAUAUAUUGAUAAGAUAACAAGAUUCAGAGAAUCACCUAUAGUCCGGGACUUUGAAGUCUUACCACAAACGGUCGGUGGGCAGUACGAGGGUGGGCUACCCGAGAUAUUCUUCGACAAGACAUUCGUCGACUUCCUCAAAGAUAACUUCGGCCGUAUGAUUCGUGCCAUCGAUCGUGAACCAGGUUUAGAGAUAUCAGUCAUUACGAACGGCGUUGAGAGAGGAGUCUCGCGUGAACUGGUCGAUUCUCUGAAAGCUGAACUCGAAGAAAGGAGCCAAGCAGUGCAGAAACUGGAGUCGGAUCUAGCCACCCUGCACCGUAGACUUGAACAAGAGCAGCUCGAAUACAGGAAAUCCCGAGAAACGAGUGCCAUGGAAAUGGCUAAGAUACAGCAAAUCAACGAGUCGCUUCAGAAACAUCAUGCGCAAGAACUAGCAGCGCUGGAGGAGCAACACCAACAUGCGAAAAAUGAACUUGUGAAGCAGUAUGGCGAGCAGCUCAGGUCCAUCGACCAUCAGCUGAAAGAGACUUCCUCCGAAUACGAGAGGAAGAGCUACAAAGCUAAACAGCACCAUGAAGCUGAGUUGGCCGAUCUACAGAAGAAGAUCCAAUCGCUGGAAGCGGAGCUUGGAAGGGUCAGAGAACAGCAUACCGGAGAGGUUGCUGAUCUGAAAGCUACUAUCCAAGCCUUGAGAUCCAGUGCUGGCAAGGCUGAGGAAGAUCAUGCAGCAGAAGUUUCAAACCUGCACAGCACUGUUCAAAAGCUCGACUCCGAGGCCAGCCAGAGCCAGAAACAACAUGCUGCUGAGGUAUAUAACCUCAACCAAUCUAUCCAUAGCCUACAGUCAGAGGUCAAGACUCUCAAGCAACAAAGCGAGAGCAACCUUGCUGAACAUAAAACUACAAACGAGAGAUUACAAAAGGAACUGGAAACGGCCAAAGAAAAAGCUAUGCAAGAUAUCCAGGCUGUACAUGACGACUAUACCUCCAAGUGUGCUGCUCUAGAAAAGCGAGCUGAAGAGGCGGAGCGAAAAAUUGAGCAGAGUGAGUCAGCUGAGCGUAAAUCCACGCAAGAGCUGCAAGAGGCACGAGGAACGUUAAAGAAAGUCCAGUCCGAAGUCAAAGAAAAAGAAGCAGCAGCUCGCAAAUCGGCAAAGUCUGAAGCGGAAGGGUUACGGAAAGAGUUGGAGCAAGUCAAGUCAGAAGCUAAAAAAGCAGAAGACGCAGCUCUCAAAUCGGCAAAGUCCGAAAUAGAAGGCUUACGGAAAGAGUUGGAGCAAGCUAGGUCAGAAGCUAAAAAAGCAGAAGACGCAGCUCUCAAAUCGGCAAAGUCCGAAGCAGAAGGGCUACGGAAAGAGCUGGAGAAGAUUAAGUCAGAAGCCAAGAAAACAGAAGAUACAACUCGCAAGUCAAGCAAGUCGACAAAAUCCGAAGCAGAAGGAUUGCGAAAAGAGCUAGAGAAGGCCAAGUCGGAAGUGAAGGAUAAAGAAGCAGCUCGCAAAUCAACCCAAACAGAAAUCGCAAAGUUGCAAAAAGAGUUGGAGAAGGUCAAGUUAGAAGCCAAGGACCAGGCCGAAGAAGCUCGCAAGGCAAAGGAGAACGAAUCAGCUGCGCAGAAAUUCGCCCAAGAGAUUGAUGAGUUGCAGAAAGAGCUGGAAAAGAUGAAAUCAGAGGCUAAAGACAAAGAAGAAGCCCGCAAGUCAGCUCAAUCUGAACUAGAGGACCUCCUGAUUGUAUUCGGAGACUUGGAGGCUAAGAGGAACGAAGACAAGAAACGCCUGAAAGAUCUUGGCCAGGAAGUGUCCGAAGCCGAGGAAGAUGACGAUGAUGACGAGGAGGAAGAUGAAGACGAUGAGGAAUAA